GAUGGCAUUUUUAAACCGCUCCACUCGGAAGACCCUGGCCAAAGCUAUCAGUGUAGGAAUAGCCAUCGCUCUCGUCAUCAUCCUAAUAGAAACACUUGAAAGCCGCCAGGAGACUUUUUCGAGUGUCCAAGGUCCUGGAGGAAUGAAAGGGGACUUCUUGCAUGCAAUGACCUGGAUACAAGCUCCAAAUAAAUUACGAGUUGACAAAGCGAAGAGUUUCAGCUACAGGGGAAGGCACUGGAAGUACCUGUCGGAAGCUCUUGUAGAUCUGCUGGGCUUUUCUAGUAAAUGCCAGGAAGUUGGUCCUGAUGACAGGAAAGAUGUUCGUCGUUCUGUGAGCGUGGUAAUCAUUCUACAUUCUUCCCCAUCUCAGAGGGCACUCAGAGGUAAAAUACGGGAGACAUGGGCGAACCCUGAGGAACGCCAGAAACUCGGUGUCCUUGUGCAGUUUGUCAUGGGUGGACCAGAAAGUCAGAGCGAAGAAAAGCUGCUCCAAGAAGAGUCGGAUGCCCAUGGGGAUAUCUUGGUUGGGAAUUUCACCGAUACUGUCCGAGCAACGACCUUGAAAUCUCUGCUGGGGCUUCGAUGGACUUUUGCGUUUUGUUCUCGAAUCAAGUACAUCAUCGAGGCAAGAGACAAUACCUUCAUAUGGCUGGAAAAACUGCCGAAGGUUCUGCAGAUCUUCAAAAGGGAAAAACAUCCUCAAUUUAUUCUCGGGGCUCGAUCGAACACCUCCAGGGUGGACCAUAACUCCCCGAGUGAAUUCUACGUCGGAAGUGCCGUUUUAAAUCGAGAAUACUACCCACCUUACUGCUCUUUGCAAGCUGGCAUUGUCAUUCCUUUUGAUCUGGCUAUGAGCUAUUACAAAUACACUUGGUCAACGCCGUCACUGGUUCCAUUUGCCGACGCCUUGAUAGGUCUGACUGCAGAAGAGUAUGGCUGGGAAGUCAGACAGAGCAACGCUUUCUCUCUUAAACAUAUUGAACCCAACGACGCUUGUCCAAUAAGUUCACACUUCACCGCAAUCUCUCCCAGCUUUUACCAUAUCCCCAAAAUAUGGGAAGAACUGAAAGACAAGACGUUCAUGAAGGAAUGUGAGGACCCCGACAUGGACAUCAUCUACGCUGGAAAAUCAGCAAACAAUGCCAAGUAUUUUGAAACGGUGUUGACAACUGUGAAGCAAAGUUCUGACGUCACUUGCACUGAUCCGGAUGUGUUCAUGCUGGUUCUCAUCGCAUCCCAUCCAGCCCGCAAGACCUCCAGAGAUGCCAUCCGACAAACCUGGGCCAACAAGGGAUUCUUGAGUUCUCUCUCAAGGAAGGUCAAAGUGUUGUUUCUCAUCGGACAACCCUACCCACCCGAUCCUGCACUGAGAUUAUCUCUAGACGAGGAGCACGGGCAGGACGGCGAUCUCCUGGAAGGGAAUUUCUUGGAUACCUUCAAGAACCUGACCUUAAAACAUAUGUUUGGUUUAACCUGGACAGCUAAACACUGCAACAAUGCAAAAUACUUCCUCAAGGGUGAUGACGACGUAUUCGCCAACCUCAGAAACAUCUUGCACCUUCUGCAGGAAAUGAACAGCCAUGGCAAAGGUCUUCAAGAACUCUACCUCGGAGACGGCGGAAGGGAAUACCGCAACAAAAAUCAGGAUAAGAAGUACCAUGUAGCGUCUGAGGAAUACAAUGGCAGGGUCUUCCCUCAGUAUUGCGUUGGCGGGGGCUACAUCCUCUCCAUAGACCUUAUAGAUCGUCUUCUCAAGGAGUCGCUGCGGACACCGUUGGUGUCCUCAAGGGAUGAUGUAUUCGUUGGUAUCCUCCUGAGGAGAUUAGAUGUGCCUUUGAUUUACAAUGAUGGCUUUCACUACAGAAUGGGUCCGACCGAUACAUGUUCCCUCAGGAACAAAGAAUUCAUGGUGAUGCAUGUCCACGAUGACGUCGAGAAACUAGUGAAGAUUUGGUUAAACUUCGUUAAUCCAAACGCAGUUUGCUGAUCUCUAUAA